AAACUGUUGAUUGUUGAAUGAGCAGCAUGUAUUGAUGCCAGCUGAAUUUAAUAUAUAAUAUAUAACUACUGUGGCCAUAACCGUGGUCAACUCGUGAUAAUCUGUACGCUACUGUUGUUAUUAUAGUGUUUGUGAUAUUGAUGGCUACUGGACUACAUACUCUUGCAAGUGAUUUUUUCUAAGAAGUUGCGUGAGAGUCCGGUCGGACGGUUGAUAGGCUGGUUGUAAAGGUUACAUGGUAUUCAUCAAUGAAAAAAGGAUAUUUUAUAUGCUUGCGCGCUGUUUGCUUGACGCUCAGGUCAAGAACACAGUUUUUUUUGCAGAAAUUUGACGUCUGGAUCUUACUUCAGAGACAAAAGUUUUCAUUACCGAAACUCUAAGAGUCAACAUUGCUUUACAUAAGGAGUGAUUCUUUUAGGUAACGGCCACUAUAUACUAUUCCUUCCUACUCUAACAAUUGUCAAACUUCAGUUUACUACAAGCCCUGUGAGCGCACUGCGAUGUAAUACCAUAGAUACAAUCGUGGAUGCUUGGUGAACAACAUCUGGGCACUAUGGACGUGGUGCACGAAGUUCCACCAGAUCUGCGCCACCUCGUUCGACUUGUGGCAAGAAGCAUUUUCUCACCAGAACUAGCCAUGGUAGUUGAUGCUCUCAUAAAGCAUCAAUGUGUACGCGAGGAGGCUCUUGCGGAUCAUCUUUUGUUCGAGAGAAAACAACUCCGGCAGAUAAUUGCACAAAUGCGACAGAAUCGCCUUGUACAGACUAGAUUACGAAUGGAAACCGGUCCCGAUGGGAAGUCACAACGCCAUAAUUAUUACUAUAUCAACUAUAAGUCAUUCGUAAAUAUUGUUCGAUAUAAGUUAGACCUUUUGCGGCGGAAGAUCGAAACUGAGGAGCGCGAAUCGACUUCCCGGGCAUCGUUCAAAUGUCAAGGAUGUGACAAAUGUUACACGGAUCUCGAAGCAGAUCAGUUAAUCGAUUUUGCCACUGGAGAAUUUAGAUGUCCACACUGUGGAUCUUCGGUCGAAGAAGCGGAAAGUGCAGCCUCGUCAGAAAUGCCUCAGCAGCUAUUGGUUCGUUUCAACGAGCGAAUGGAGAUCAUAUUUAAGCUCUUGCGUAAUGUUGAAGAUAUUAAAUUAGCGCCAGGUUUACUUGAGCCUGAACCGAAGGAACUUGAAGUACGGGUACCGGGUCAACCCCGCGGCCAGGGAGCAGGAGGAAAAUCAGGAGGAGGCAAUCCGGGUGAUUGGAGUGGAGACGCGACCCGAUAUGCUGCUGCGACGGUAACCGUUGGGGAAGCGAUUUCGACCGCGAUGCGCGAGACAAAAGAAAUACCGAUGUGGCUCCAGAAAUCUACGGUUGUGCCAGGCGAUGAAGGAGGCGUUGAUUUCCUGCAAGGGAAGAGUGCUAAUCCAUUCCAGCCCUCAAACGUGCAUCAAGUCAAAACAAUGUCGGCACAGGAUAUUAUGGAUGCAUUACUGGCCCAUGAAAAACAGCCAAAAGUGGACGGAGCACCGGGGGGCGGUAACGAAUCGGAAGAUGAGGAUUCCGAUGGUUGGGAAGAGGUUCCCGUUGAGUUACCGAUGGUUUGGGUAGAUGGCGGCCAAGUGGCACUCCACGAUAUCACACAGGAGCUUGUCGACAAAAUGACGCCCGAUGAGCGGAGAAGUUAUACUGCUGUUGCCCAGCAGUUCUAUGCUGCCUUCUAUGAAUAGCGACAACGACAAAUAGUAAUUAAUAUUAA